ACAGCCAUUUCCGGCGGGCCGAAACUAGGAAGAAACUUGGGGCGGCCGAGGCGCUCCUGCAGCCGUGUCUGCUGCGCUUGUGCCCCGUGGCCCGGGCCGCGCCGAGCCGUCGGGAGCCCUGGCCAUGGGGCAGCCCGGGCUGUACGCAGUGUGAGGCGCGGGGCCUCCCGCGGGCUCCGCUGCCAGGCCGAGGGCGGGCAGGCGGGAGGCGGCGUUCCAGCCGCGGUCGGGCCGCCGCCGCCCGUCCGCGCCGCCGGCACCAUGAACAUAGACGUGGAGUUCCACAUCCGGCACAACUACCCCUGGAGCAAGUUGCCGGCCAACGUGAGGCAGAGUCUUGGAAAUUCACAGAGAGAAUAUGAAAAGCAGGUUGUCCUGUACAGUAUCCGCAAUCAGUUACGGUACAGAAAUAACUUAGUUAAACAUGUCAAGAAAGAUGAACGCAAAUACUAUGAGGAACUACUUAAGUACAGUCGAGAUCAUCUCAUGCUGUACCCUUACCAUUUGUCGGAUAUUAUGGUAAAGGGCCUGAGGAUAACACCAUUUUCAUAUUAUACUGGGAUUAUGGAGGACAUUAUGAACAGUGAGAAAAGUUAUGAUUCAUUGCCCAAUUUUACUGCUGCUGACUGUCUAAGGCUUCUUGGCAUAGGAAGAAACCAGUACAUUGAUCUGAUGAAUCAGUGUAGAUCAUCAAAAAAAUUUUUCAGAAGGAAAACGGCCCGCGAUCUUCUACCCGUAAAGCCGGUGGAAAUUUCCAUUGAGGCGUGGUGGGUGGUGCAGGCUGGAUAUAUCACAGAAGAUGACAUAAAGAUAUGCACUUUACCUGAGAAAUGCGCCGUUGAUAAGAUCAUCGACGCAGGCCCUCAGCUCUCUGGAUCGCUGGAUUACAAUGUAGUACAUAGUUUAUAUAACAAAGGCUUUAUUUAUCUGGAUGUACCAAUAUCUGAUGACAGUUGUAUAGCAGUUCCUCCUCUUGAAGGUUUUGUAAUGAAUCGAGUGCAGGGUGAUUAUUUUGAAACUCUACUCUAUAAGAUAUUUGUUUCAAUAGAUGAGCAUACUAAUGUUGCGGAGCUUGCAAAUGUCCUUGAGAUAGACUUGUCCCUGGUAAAGAAUGCUGUUUCAAUGUAUUGUCGAUUGGGCUUUGCCCAUAAGAAGGGACAAGUAAUAAAUUUGGAUCAACUUCAUUCAUCCUGGAGGAAUGUUCCGUCUGUAAACAGAUUAAAGAGUACUUUAGAUCCACAAAAGAUGCUCCUAUCUUGGGAUGGCGGGGAAAGUAGGAGUCCUGUACAAGAAGCUUCUUCGGCUACUGACACUGAUACAAAUAGUCAAGAAGAUCCAGCCGACACAGCCAGCAUAAGCAGCUUGAGUUUGUCUACAGGAUAUACAAAACGUAUUGCAUUCCUAUUUGACUCAACUCUCACUGCCUUUUUAAUGAUGGGAAAUCUUUCACCAAACUUGAAAAGCCACGCAGUCACAAUGUUCGAAGUUGGCAAACUCUCAGAUGAGUCUCUGGACAGCUUUCUUAUAGAGCUAGAAAAGGUUCAGAGCACUGGUGAAGGAGAAGCACAGAGAUAUUUUGAUCAUGCACUUACUCUGAGAAACACAAUACUGUUUCUGCGUCAUAAUAAAGAUCUAGUUGCACAAACUGCACAGCCAGACCAACCCAAUUAUGGUUUUCCUCUGGAUCUCUUACGCUGUGAAAGCCUUCUUGGUCUGGACCCUGCAACUUGCAGCAGAGUUCUAAACAAAAAUUACACACUGCUCGUUUCCAUGGCUCCUCUCACCAACGAAAUCCGGCCCGUCAGCAGCUGCGCCCCUCAGCAUAUUGGACCAGCUAUCCCGGAAGUCAGUUCUGUCUGGUUUAAACUGUACAUUUACCACAUCACCAGGCAAGGACCACCAUCUCUUUUACUGUCCAAAGGUACAAGGCUUCGAAAACUGCCAGAUAUAUUCCAGGGUUAUGAUCGGUUAUUAAUAACUUCUUGGGGUCAUGAUCCUGGGGUAGUUCCUACAUCAAAUGUGCUCACGAUGUUGAAUGAUGCUUUAACACAUUCGGCGGUUUUAAUUCAGGGCCAUGGUUUGCAUGGGAUAGGAGAAACUGUCCACAUACCAUUCCCAUUUGAUGAAACAGAACUACAAGGAGAGUUUACUCGUGUCAAUAUGGGUGUUCAUCAGGCGCUGCAAAUAUUAAGGAACAAAGUGGACUUGCAGCAUUUUUGUGGAUAUGUCACCAUGCUGAAUGCUUCUAGCCAGCUUGCAAACAGAAAACUCAGUGAUGCUUCCGAUGAGAGAGGAGAACCUGAUUUGGCCUCUGGCUCGGAUGUGAAUGGGAGUACAGAGUCAUUUGAAAUGGUCAUUGAAGAAGCAGCUAUAGAUUCAGCAACAAAGCAAAACUCUGUUGCCACAACAGAAGCAGAUUGGGUUCCUCUGGAGCUGUGCUUUGGAAUUCCACUGUUUAGUUCUGAAUUAAACCGGAAAGUUUGUAGAAAAAUUGCUACACAUGGUCUUUGCAGAAAAGAGAGCCUUCAAAACCUCUUACAUUCCAGUAGAAAACUCUCUCUACAAGUCCUUAACUUUGUUCACUCAUUCCAGGAAGGUGCUUCAACACUGGAUAUUCACGCAGAGGCCAGUUUUUCAAGUUUGCUUUCACAGUCGUCUUACGCCGACAUGGGGGUCCCACUUCCUGCCAAAAACUUAAUAUUUAAAGACGGCGUCUUAUCAGAAUGGAGUGGACGGUCGCCUUCCGCGCUUCUCACUGCUAAUCUCCAUUUGCAAUAAUUUGGUUACACCAUUUGUUGUUCACACUUCCUGCCUUUUUUCUUUCUUAACGUUAGCUUUAUAGUGCCAGCCACUAAAAAGCAUCCUGCUGCUGCAGUGCAAUUCCUGCUUCACUGAUGUUCAGAGUUUGGGAAACUUGUCAUGUUUUCUGAAGUUUUCCUCAUGAUUGCACCUCCAAUGCAACAAAGAGCUUUUUAGCAGCCUGCACUGUAUUUUUUACCUUGAGACAAUCUGCAUUUCUUUUGUAAAACUGAGGGUAUACUUUAUAGGCUUUAUGAUGACUGUUAUGUUUAUAAGCAGUCACUAUGAAUAUUGCAAUGGUAAUUUUAUAUGUUAGUUUAUCAAACAUAAAUCUUGUUUAAUUUUAUAUUUUGUUACCUACUCUUUAGGGGAUCAUGGGAAGAGAUGGAACUCUUCCUCUGAAAAGGCUUCUUGAUACUUAAAGUAGCAAAACUAUAAAACAGUAAACAUCCAGUAUUGAGAGAUGCUAUGAUGGGGCAUUAAAAAUUCCUGUGGAUGUCUGUAAAUUAUGUAUAUCAGUUGAACAUUGUUGAAGGUAUAGUUACGUAUAACAACCUUGAUUUAUAAUGUCUUAACUCAGACUAUGACGAUACAUUGACAUCUCAUAAGAAGCUUUGGAAAACAUUCUAUUUUUAAACAACGUUUAUAUGUGGACUUCUGUUGUCACUCACUUUGGGCUUUAUAUUUUCAUAGAGUCUUUAUGGAAAAAUAGAAUUUAUUUUCCAUUCUCGUAGCUGUGGCUGCUGCACGUUUUCACCCCGAUUUAUUUUUUGUUUAGUAGCUUUACCAAUGAAUUGUUACAAAAUUGAAUUUGAUGUUUUCAAACCAAGGAUUGUGAUUUUUAGGUUAGAAUUACAUAUUAGAGGCAUUAAGGCUGUGUCUUCUGAUCAAAACACUUUAGUCAUAAACCUACUUUGAAGACAUAUUCUUAGGCAAUCUGGAUCUCAAAUUCAUGUGAAUGGUUUUGGAGGAAAUGAUAAAGAAAAAUUGAGUAAUUUCAAAAUGUUUCUUGAGCCAUUGAUGAUUUUAGUAUCUCAAAUGUUAAUUAGAAUAAUUGGAAUUUUUAGAAUUUUCAAGUUACCUUUCUCUGAAAGUUUGUGAGGUGUUAUAGGUUAGUUUAGCUCUUCUCGUAGGAUAAUGGUUUGCUAGUUUAAAACUAUAACCAAGCUAACUGGUCAGAGAACAUGUAUCUAAAACACUUAGAAAGCAUUAGAAAAUUUGGGAAUAUUAUAACCUGAACAUUUUUGCUGAUAAUUUUUGUUAUUUAUAGAACUGAUAUUUGUGUAUUUAACAUACUUCUGGAAGUAUAUGCCUUUCUUAAAACUGUUAACAUAACCAUGCAUUCAAUACCAUACUAUAGAAUUGAAUAUUUUGGAGCAGGUCGCCUGUGGCACAGUCAGUGCUGUGUUUGGGGUAAAUGCAGUAACGUUUAGUUUUCUACUUUGUCUUGUAUGAAGUAGAAACCAAGUGUAUGUUAUACGUGUUUGUCUAUAAAAGGAAAAAUAUAUACUAAUAUUAAAUUUCUUAUGACUGUGAAUCACUCAUUUAUUUUUCCAAUAAUUGGUAUUGUACAUUCCUAGUGCUAUUAGGUAUGUAUGUAACUUUUACAGUUUUUCAACUGAAAGUUGUAAGGAUUUCCUUUGAUCAAAGCUCUUUAAUCUCAUUUUCCUUUGCUUUGUGUGAAUUAACUGUAGUUAUUUUAUUUAUUCCUGUCUUAACAAUCUAAGCCUACUGUAAUGACAUGUACACUAAUAAAGAAUCAAAUAUUUGUAGCUGUUGGCCGUGAGCCCAGUUGUUGGUGAAUUUAAAACUUAAAAUUUGGGAGUGAUUUGCUGCCGUGUUCCCUUUGAGAGAUAAUGGAGGAAGGAAUAGAACCUAAUAAUGAUCCUGAGUUUUAGGGAAAGUACUGAGAAAACAUGUGGUCAACUCUGGUUUCUCAUGCGAACGAGGAAAGAUUCUGAUUCCCAGCUGCAGAACUCUCAUACUUUGAAGGAGGGAGAAUCUGUGUUUUCAGAGCUGUUAACAAAGUGUGAAAGCUGCUUUUGUGCUUUGCUUUAUGAAUUUGGCUUUGUUUCAUUCAUACGUUAACUCAUGUAAAGAUGCAUCUCUUAAAUCUUGUAAGUGUUGAUCCAGUUCAACACAAAGGUAAAUUUAAAACAUAUAUUUUAUUAAUUGCCAAAGAAGAUUUACUUAUAAAAGAAUUUUUAUCCAGUUUUUUGCUGAUGUUUCAAGUAAUUUCAUUUGGCUUUGUGCUACCUCCCCUCUCUUUUAGCCCCUUAAUGUAACUUAAACCAUGGCAAACAUUCUUUAGAAACCAAGGGAAAAAAAUAUCAAAAAGGACACAGAAUUUAGCAUGGUACAAUUUCACUUCUCAAGUUGGUCUAAAGAAAUGCAGCUUUAUGUCAUUAAAAAAAAUUUGAUCAUCUGAUUUCCUUGAUUCUUUUUAAAUAUGUAAUCAGAUGAUUUUGUAUUUGGGGGGAGGAAUCUUGGUUUCUUUUACUUAAUGUUUUCAAUUUUCUCUGCCAUUCAUGUUUCUCUUUUAUGUUCAGUGUUUCAAAUACAGUUUGUAUUUAAAGAUUUUAAAGUACCAAAACUGUCACUGAGUACAGUGGAUUGUUUUCUGGUAUGUUAAUAUUAUACAAUGAAAUGUAUAAAGUGUUGUCAAUUUGAUUAUUGACACAUAAUAUGUUUACAAAUAAACUGUGGUGUUGAUCAAGUUAA